UUCUGGUUCUAACUUCUUAGCUUAAUUUUCAAUUAUCUGGGUUUUCAUUUAGCAUCAAAUUCUGCAUCAUUGGACUCUUUCUUGAAUUUUUAUAUUGUAUACCUGCCCAAUAUUACAGGUUGCUCUGCUUCUAUUGAUUAAUUGUGGGUUUGGGGAUUAUAAGAUUUUAAAGUUUUGGGUUUCUCUUUUUGUAUGAAGUUCUGCACAAUCUUAACUCUUGGGUGCCAAAGAGUGAUAAUUUAUUCUUAACAGUUCGCUUCUUUGGAUAUUGGUGAUUUGGUGAAGUUCCCUGAGCUAUACUCUGUCUCUUUCUCUGUUGAGUGGUUUGCAUUACUUACUAUUGGAAUUGAAAAGUUCUGACUUUUCCAGUUUGUUUUUCAGAAAGAUUGUGCUGAAAUGUUGGGUUACUGAAUCUGUUACCAGACAUUUUACAUCUUUUCCUCAUUUUCCGCGCAACUAAGAUGAUGUAGGCUUUGGAAUACCAAUUUGUGAUGGAGUGCAUUUCUUCGACGUUUGUGGAGGGCCAAUGUGCAAUCAAGAAAGAUGUCACCGAAUUAAUAGGAAAUACCCCAAUGGUAUACCUGAACAAUGUUGUGGAAGGUUGUGUAGCUCGUAUUGCUGCCAAGCUAGAGACGAUGGAACCCUGCUCUAGUGUUAAAGACAGGAUUGCGCAUAGUAUGAUCAAGGAUGCGGAGGAUAAAGGUCUGAUAAGUCCGGGAAAGACUGUUCUCAUUGAGCCCACAAGUGGCAACACUGGCAUUGGAUUAGCAUUCAUAGCAGCUAGCAAGGGUUACAAGUUGAAGCUAGUCAUGCCAUCAUCAUAUAGUAUUGAAAGAAGAAUUGUGCUCCUAGCUUUUGGAGCUGAGGUAUACCUCACAGAUGUGGAAAAAGGUAUUAAGGGAGUUUUUGACAAGGCUGAGGAGUUGCUGCGUGACACGCCUGAUAGUCAUAUGCUUCAGCAAUUUGAAAAUCCUGCCAAUCCAAAGAUUCAUUAUGAAACCACUGGCCCGGAGAUAUGGAGAGACUCAGCAGGGAAAGUUGAUAUCUUGGUUUCAGGGAUAGGAACCGGUGGCACAGUAACUGGUAUAGGGAAAUUCCUUAAAGAACAAAAUCCAGAGAUCAAGGUGUACGGUGUAGAACCAGUUGAGAGUGCAGUCCUGAAUGGUGGUCCACCUGGAAGGCAUCUGAUCCAAGGAAUCGGUGCUGGCUUCAUUCCUCAAGUUCUUGAUGUUAGCCUGCUAGAUGAAGUUAUUCCAGUAUCCAGUGAGGAAUCUAUUGAGACUGCUAAGCUACUUGCCUUAAAAGAAGGUCUUUUGGUGGGAAUCUCAUCUGGUGCUGCAACAGCAGCAGCAAUAAAGUUGGCAAAAAAGCAGGAAAAUGCCGGAAAACUAAUAGUUGUCGUGUUCCCCAGUUUUGGAGAGCGGUAUCUGUCUACUGCACUCUUUGAUACCAUUAGGCAUGAAGCAGAAAACAUGACUUUUUGAAAGCAUUGCCAAUGUAGCAAACUGCUUUGCGCUUUUGGGUCCUUGGUCAUUGAAAAUUUGGAAUAAUACAUAGACUAGUUCUUUGUAUGGCAUCAUGAUCGUGAAGCAGUCACUUACAGAUCCUUGUUAUUCUCAUUGGAUCAAGGGCUCUUUCUCUGUCUUUCUAUCUUGAACACAGUUCUAUUCAGAGUUUCAAACCAUCAAUAAUACAAAGUACUAUUUUCAGUA